UUCUGUGAAAGUAGUAAUUAUAGCAUUAUCCACUCGGUCAUUCCAAAUCUUCCCUGAGAGAAUGGAAGGAACUAUUUCCCGCUAUUAUUCUUCUUCUUUCUUCUCAUCAACCUUGAAUUUAUCUCGUUAUGAGAAAACCAAUUUUCAGUUCAACUCCAAUUCUACUUUGAUGGUUGACAUUUGUUCUCUUCGAGCAUCCAUUAGUUUUUCAGAAAGAGAUAAAGCUUCAACCUUCAGAACUUCGAAGUUCACCAAAAGAUCAAAUUCAGGAAACCCACGUCAAAAAGAAGCUCCAAAUCUUGUUAAAAGUAAACCCAUACUGAAUUCGGAGAUAUCUCCUCACCGAGCCGUGUCUGCAGUAAGAUUGAUGCGGAUAGAAUUCGGUGGUGCUUUUGCUGAUCUUCUUAACGAGAAAGGAAAAGGUUCUGGGGCUAAUGAGAUGGGAUAUGUUGAAAGAACAUUAGGGUUUCGUACUCGAAAAUUGGAGGAUAGAGAUCUCAGACUAGUGACUGACAUUGUUGGUGGUGCCAUUCGGUGGAGACGGUACCUUGAUCAUCUUAUAGUGUCAUUAUGUGACGAUGAACGAACGUUUAGAAAUAUGGAACCUCUUCUCUUGCAGAUUCUCCGAAUUGGUUUCUAUGAGAUUGUCAAACUGGAAAUGCCACCAUAUGCUGUCGUAGAUGAGAAUGUCAGGCUUGCAAAAACUGCUCUUAGGCCUGGUGCAGGCAAUUUGGUGAAUGGGAUACUGCGGAAGUUGGUAUUGCUUAAGGAGAAUGACACCCUUCCUUUACCCAAAUUGGAGGGUGAUGAUCGCUCGCGAGCACGUGCACUUGCCACACUUCAUUCCCAUCCAGUUUGGAUGGUUAGGCGAUGGGUUAAACAUCUUGGGCAAGAUGAAGCUGUGAAACUGAUGAUGUGGAAUAACAGCGCUCCAAGUUUCAGCAUCAGGGCAAACUCUGCGAAAGGUUUUACAAGAGCUGACCUUGUGAAGCGACUCGAAGAGCUUGAGGUUCCUCAUGAGCUUUCUCAGCAUUUGGACGAUUUUGUUCGUAUUACAACUGGGAUGCAGAUUGUCCUCCAAGCUGGAUUACUGAAAGAAGGUCUAUGCUCAGUUCAAGAUGAGAGUGCAGGUAUGGUGGUUUCUAUUAUGGACCCGCAACCAGGGGAGAAUGUUGUUGACUGUUGUGCUGCACCUGGAGGGAAGAGCCUUUUCAUGGCAUCACGUCUGAGUGGUAAAGGUAUGGUAUCUGCAAUUGACACAAAUGAAGGUCGAUUGAGAAUUCUUAAAGAGACUGCCAAGUUGCUCGAAGUUGCGGAUGUCAUCACAACUGUUCACUCUGAUCUCCGUAUCUUUGCUGAGAAAAAUACAGUGAUGUUUGACAAAGUUUUGCUGGACGCUCCAUGUUCUGGGUUGGGAGUUCUCUCAAAGAGAGCUGAUUUGCGUUGGAAUAGGAGGUCCGAGGACAUGGAACAACUUAAAAACUUACAGGAUGAACUUCUCAAUUCAGCUUCAACAUUGACUAAGCUAGGGGGAAUACUAGUAUACAGUACUUGUUCUAUUGAUCCUGAAGAAAAUGAAGAAUGAGUGGCAUCAUUUCUUCAACGGCAUCCUGAAUUUCGCAUAGACUCUGUCGACAAAUAUGUUCCACAAGCUUUCGUAACAAAAACUGGUUUCUAUUUUUCGGAUCCAGUGAAGCAUUCUCUUGAUGGGUCCUUUGCAGCUCGCCUUAUUCGAUACACCUGAACCUGAUUGCCAUUAGAAAGGUAAUUCACUUAAGAGGGCAGAGAGUUGAAGACUUUGAUAAUAGAGGAAUUCAAGGAUGAUGAAUUUAGGACAUCAAUUUUGACCUGAUAGAGUAUAAUAUAACUAUAUAAGGUUAAUCUCUGCAUUGGGUAUCUAUAACAAUUUUGAAGAUUUCUACAAGAAUUCAAUGGUGCAUUGCAGCAUCAAAUUGACUUACAGAGAUGAGGUAUCUGCCUUUAAAAGAAGCUAGCGGGUGUUGAUGAUGAUGCUUCAAUAGUUCUGCCACGUAGCCUGCCAGCUUCUGUGAUUAUGUACUUCGACUCGUCAGUUACAGAUGUUUCUUGUUCUUUUGAAGGCUGAUUUUCUUCACCUGUUGUGUACUUCCAGCUAACUUAAUUGUGUCUACUGAAUAACUUUAGCUGUAAGUAUGUGGAAUUUGGUUUUGUGGCAUAAAAUUUCUGCACACAAAAGUCCAAGUUUCAGAAAAUGUAACUGAAAAAGUUCUAUUUUAUAUGAAGAACAGGUUUUAGGUUCA